AUGCCACCGGACUGGUCGCGCCUCGGACUGGAGGAGGCGCUCGCCGCGGCGGCGCUGCUGCUCCGAUCGUGCUCCCCUCGCCGCGCUGUCCUCCGCCGCGCGCGCGCGGUCCACGCGCUCCUCGUGGUCUCCUCCACGCCCUCGUCGCCCGCGCUGACCACCUUCCUCGCCAACCAGCUGCUCUCCCUCUACGCCCGCCUCUCCGCCGUCCCCGACGCCCUCGCGCUCCUCCGCUCCACGCCGCGCCCCUCCGUCGUCUCCUACAACACCGUCCUCUCCGCGCUCUCCCGCGCCCCGCGCCACGCGCCCGAGGGUCUCCGCCUCUUCCGCCGCCUGCACGCGUCGGGCCUCCGCCCCACCGCACCUAGCCUCUGCGCCCUCCUGCGCACCGCCGGCGAACUGCGCGACCGUCGCGCGGGGGCCGCCGCGCACUCGCAGGCCGCGACGCUCGGCUUCCUCGCGAGCGACAUCGUGCCCACUGCGCUGCUGCAGAUGUACUCCCAGUGCGGCGCGCCGAGGGACGCCAACCAGGUGUUCGACGAAAUGGCGACGCGGGAUGGGGUGGCGUGGAACUGCGUGAUGCACUGCAAUGUGCGGUAUGGCUACCUUGACCGCGCUCUAGGUCAGUUUUGCCGGAUGGUGAGGGGUGGAUUGCCACCCACCGAGAGCACGCUCUCGUCAGUGCUGAGUGGUUGUGGACGAGCUGGGGAUUGCCUCCGAGGGCGUGUGCUCCAUGGAUGGGUGGUGAAGUUGGAGGAGCUUGAUCCUGACAUGCCACUACAGAACGCGCUGCUCGACAUGUACUCAAGCUGUGGUGAUCUGGAUACUGCACUGCGCGUGUUUGAGAGAAUUGAGACGCCGGACUUGGUGUCAUGGAAUACUCUGAUUGCUGGGUUUUCUGGAGUUGGGGAUGGGUGCAGCGCUGUGCAUGCCUUUGUGCAGCUGAAGGCUGUACAGUUCGAUGAACGAGUUGUCCCUGAUGAGUACACGCUUGCAGCUGUGGUGUCUGCUUCUGCUACUUUGCCUGCAAUGUUUGGUGGGAAGCCGCUUCAUGCCGAAGUGAUCAAAGCUGGACUGGAGAACAGCGUGUUUGUAGGGAACACACUGCUCAACAUGUAUUUUACAAACGAUGAUCCCCAUUCUGCACGGAUUUUGUUUGAUUCCAUUACCCAGGAGGAUGUAAUCAUGUGGACUGAGAUGGUUGCAGGCCACUCCUCAUUGGGUGAGGGAGAAUUGGCCUUAAGGUACUUUGUUAGCAUGCUUCAGGAAGGUUACAAGGUCGACAGCUUCUCUUUGAGCAGUGCUUUAAACUCCACGACCGAGCUUGCAGGCCUUAAACAAGGAGAGAUGCUCCAUGCUCAAGUGGUAAAAAGUGGUUAUGAAGGCAAUAUUUGUGCCUCCGGAAGCCUAGUUGACAUGUAUGCAAAAAAUGGUGCUCUCCCAGGGGCUUAUUUGGUGUUUCGUAACAUACAAAGACCAGAUUUGAAGUGCUGGAAUUCUAUAAUUGGAGGAUACGGUAACCAUGGGAAUUCUGAAAUGGCAUUUAAGUUAUUUGGUGAGAUGAUUCGGGAUGGGCUGCAACCUGACCAUGUAACUUACAUCUCCAUCCUCUCUGCAUGUAGCCACUGCGGACUAGUUGAGAAAGGAAAAUUCUAUUGGUUCUGUAUGAUGACUGAUGGUAUUGUGCCUGGGUUCAAGCACUACACUAGCAUGGUCAGUUUGUUGGGUAGGGCAGGUUUGUUGGAUGAAGCAGUUGAUUUAAUGAUGAAAUCCCCUUUCGCCAAGAAAUGCCCUGAACUAUGGAGAAUUCUGCUAAGCUCCUGUAUAACAUUUAGAAAUUUAUCCAUUGGUGUUCAUGCUGCUGAACAGGCGCUAGAGCAGGACCCAGAUGAUAUUUCAACACACAUAUUGCUUUCAAACCUUUACGCCUCUUUAGGUAAAUGGGACUUUGUUGCUGAAAUUAGGAAAAGAAUGAGAGGGCUAAUGGCUGAUAAGGAGCCUGGGCUGAGCUGGGUCGAGAUGAAAAAUGUGGUUCAUGUCUUCUCUGCAGACGAUGAAUGCCACUCUCAUAUAGAUGAUUGCCACAGCGAAUUGCUUAGACUUAAAGGAAACAUGGAAUUAUUGGAUACUUGUGAAAAUGAGUUCAUGUCAAGUGGCUAA